AUGGGUUCAAGGAGACCGCCUGAUGUGCACAUGUUUCCCUCGGAUCUGGAGUUCGCUGUGUUCACACCAGAGGAAGUAAAAAAACUAAGUGUAGUGAAAAUAAUAACUGGCCUCACAUUUGAUGCAUUGGGACACCCGAUACCCGGUGGCCUAUAUGACAUACGAUUGGGGUCUUAUGGCCGAUGCAUGGAUCCUUGCGGUACAUGCCUGAAAAUGCAAGAUUGUCCUGGCCACAUGGGCCACAUUGAACUGGGCUCACUGGUGUACAAUCCGUUCUUUAUCAAACUGGUGCAGCGUUUAUUGUGCAUAUUCUGUCUCCACUGUCACAAACUGCAAAUGAAAGAUCAUGAACGGGAGAUUGUCAUGCUUCAAUUGCGCCUAAUCGAUGCCGGAUAUAUUAUUGAGGCACAAGAACUGGAAGUGUUUAAAUCAGAAAUUGUUUGCCAGAACACCGAUGCGAUGGUGAAACUGGACAACGGCGAUGCCGUACACCCACGUAUUGCAGCGGUCAACGAGCUUUUGGCCAAAAAUGUGAGCAAUAUCAGCAACUCUACCAAAACAAGCUGCUCCUUACGUACAGCCAUUACGCAUGCUGCUCUGCAGCGAGGUUCCAGCAAAAAGUGUAGACACUGCAACAAGUCUAUGCGCUUUGUGCGCUAUUUGCAUCGCCGUCUCGUCUAUUAUGUGACCAUUGCCGAUUUGAAGGAACGGAUGAGCAAUAUUCCCGAAACCAGUGGCCAGAACAAGGUCAUAUUUGCAGAUGAAUGUCGUCGCUAUCUACGAAAGAUCUUUGAAAAUUAUCCACAGUUUCUUAAGCUGCUCGUACCUGUGCUUAACAUGAACAGCAGCGAGUCGAGUAUUAACGGCGACUGCUCGCCCGUUGAUAUAUUUUUUAUGGAUACGAUACCAGUUACACCGCCGCGAGCACGUCCAAUGAAUGUUAUUAACGACAUGAUGAAAGGGAAUCCACAGACGGACAUCUAUGUUAACAUAAUUGAGAAUAAUCAUGUGCUUAAUGUGGUGCUCAAGUUUAUGAAGGGACAUCAAGACAAACUGAGUGACCAAGCUAGAUCAGCCUAUCAAAAUAUGCGUGGCGCCAGCAGUCAUGAAAAGCUUUAUAAUGCCUGGUUGGCAUUGCAGAGCUCCGUAGAUGUGUUGCUCGACGUCAACAUGUCGCGAGAUAUCAAGUCCGCCGAGGGUCUUAAGCAAGUGCUAGAAAAAAAGGAGGGUCUUAUACGGAAGCACAUGAUGGGUAAACGUGUUAAUUACGCUGCACGUACGGUCAUAACGCCCGAUCCCAAUAUCGAUGUAGAUGAGAUCGGUAUACCAGACAUAUUUGCACGCAAACUGUCCUAUCCGGUGCCGGUUACUGAAUGGAAUGUCAUUGAGUUGCGCAAAAUGGUCAUGAAUGGUCCAGAAGUGCACCCAGGCGCUAAUUACAUACAAGACAGCAAAGGCUUGACUACCUACAUACCCGCUGACAAUGCGUCCAAACGGGCCAGUAUGGCUAAAUUGUUGCUAUCCAAUCCAAAGGAUGGCGUCAAGAUUGUCCACCGCCAUGUCCUAAAUGGUGAUGUGCUGCUUCUCAAUCGUCAACCUUCGCUCCAUAAGCCUUCCAUAAUGGCGCACAAGGCUCGUAUACUGCAUGGCGAAAAAACUUUUCGUCUUCACUACUCCAAUUGCAAGGCAUACAAUGCAGAUUUCGAUGGUGACGAGAUGAAUGCGCACUAUCCACAAAGCGAAGUGGCACGUGCUGAAGCCUACAAUCUAGUGAACGUGGCCAGCAACUACCUGGUACCCAAGGACGGUACUCCACUAGGAGGUCUUAUUCAGGAUCAGGUUAUAUCGGGUGUCAAACUGUCCAUACGCGGCCGCUUCUUCAAUCGCGAAGAUUAUCAGCAGUUGGUCUUCCAGGGCCUGUCGCAUCUUAAAGGUGAUGUCAAGUUGCUUCCACCAGCCAUAUUAAAGCCAGCAACAUUGUGGUCUGGCAAGCAAGUGCUUUCGACCAUAAUUAUUAAUCUGAUACCGGAUGGAUACGAGCGCAUCAACUUGGAUUCCUUUGCCAAAAUAGGCGGCAAGAAUUGGAAUGUGGCCAGAUCGCGUACUCCAUUGUGUGGCUCAACUCCUCUAGAGCAAGAGUUGAGUGAGAGUCAGGUGCAAAUACGUAAGGGUGAGCUUCUUGUGGGCGUUCUGGACAAGCAGCAGUAUGGCGCAACAACUUUUGGUCUGAUCCACUGCAUGUAUGAGCUGUAUGGAGGCGAUGUAUCCACGCGCCUGCUUACCGCCUUCACAAAGGUGUUUACGUUCUUCCUGCAACUCGAGGGCUUCACCUUAGGCGUCAAAGACAUUUUGGUAACCGAAGAGGCAGACCGCAAGCGUCGCAAGAUCAUUCACGAGUGUCGCGAUAUAGGCAAUAGUGCCGUUGCUGCUGCUCUGGAGUUGGAAGAUGUGCCACCACAUGAUGAACUGGCCGAGCAAAUGGAAGCUGCAUAUGUUAAGGAUACUAAAUUUCGGGUCUUGCUUGAUCGCAAAUACAAAUCGAUGUUAGAUGGCUACACAAAUGACAUUAACAAAACUUGUCUGCCUGGUGGGCUUAUCAGCAAGUUUCCAUCAAACAAUCUACAGUUGAUGGUGUUAUCUGGCGCCAAAGGCUCCAUGGUUAACACCAUGCAAAUCUCUUGCCUGCUAGGUCAAAUUGAGCUGGAAGGCAAACGACCUCCGUUGAUGAUAUCUGGAAAAUCUCUGCCUAGUUUUACAUCAUUUGAGACAUCGCCGAAAUCGGGCGGCUUUAUUGAUGGACGUUUUAUGACAGGUAUACAGCCACAGGACUUUUUCUUUCACUGCAUGGCUGGUCGUGAAGGUCUCAUCGAUACAGCUGUUAAAACAUCACGCUCCGGUUAUCUGCAGCGUUGUUUAAUCAAGCACUUGGAGGGAUUAAGCGUGCACUAUGACCUGACUGUGCGCGAUAGUGACAAUAGUGUGGUGCAGUUUCUUUACGGCGAGGAUGGUUUGGACAUACUAAAGUCCAAGUUCUUUAACGGAAAAUUCUGCGCUGAUUUUCUUGCACAAAAUUCUAAAGCCGUUCUGCGGCCUAGCCAACUGCAGCUAAUGAAGGAUGAAGAGUGCCUCGCCAAAGUGCAGCGCCACGAGAAACACAUACGAAACUGGCAGAAGAAGAAACCAGCCAAAUUGCAUGCCGCAUUCACUCACUUUUCGAAGGAGCUUCGGAACGAAGUGGAAGUUACACGACCCAAUGAAAUAAAUUCCAAGACGGGACGCAGACGAUUUGAUGAGGGUCUGCUCAAUUUGUGGAAAAAGGCAGAUGCCGAGGACAAAGCAUUAUAUCGGAAGAAAUAUGCACGCUGUCCCGAUCCCACCGUGGCCGUAUAUAAGCAAGAUAACUACUAUGGAUCAGUCUCGGAGCGCACGCGUCAAUUAAUCAAUGACUAUGCGAUUAAGCAUCCGACACAGAAACAAAUUAUAGCAGACAUUAUGCACAUGAAGAGCAUAAAGGCGCUGGCGUCGCCUGGAGAACCGGUGGGUUUGAUUGCAGCUCAGUCGAUUGGCGAGCCUUCCACCCAGAUGACAUUGAACACCUUCCAUUUUGCUGGUCGUGGUGAAAUGAACGUCACUCUGGGUAUACCGCGCUUGCGUGAAAUUCUUAUGUUAGCUUCAUCAAACAUCAAGACCCCUUCAAUGGAUAUACCCAUCAAACCAGGACAGCAGCAUAAUGCGGAGAAGCUGCGUAUUUCUCUCAACUGUGUGACAUUAGCCAGUCUGCUGGAAUUCGUGCAGAUCAACACAAGUUUGACGCUGGAACCAGAACGAGCAUAUGUCUACGAAUUGUACUUUAAAUUCCUCCCACGCGAUAUGUACAAGGAGGAUUACAGUGUGCGGCCUAAACGUAUUAUAAAAUACAUGCACCAGACAUUCUUCAAGCAGCUUAUUCGCGCUAUUCUAAAGGUGUCAAAUGCCAAGAAAACAUCAAAAAUAAUCGUGGUAGAUGAGAAAAAGGAGGGUGGCAACAAAAUGGACGAAGACAAUGAUCAAGAGUUGGAUGCAGCUGAUGAUGUUGGUGCACAAAAAGUAGCAGACAAUGAUGACGACUCCUCAGAUGAUGGCGGUGAUGAUGAUGCGACUGGCAUUAAGCUUAAGCAGCGUAAAACGGACGAAAAGGACUAUGACGAUCCGGAUGAUGCUGAAGAAAUUAUAGACGCUAAUGACGAUGAAGACGAGCCCGAUGAAGAUGGUGAAGAUGGAAAUGAACUGGCAAACGAAGAAAAUGGUGAAAUGGAUGACAAAUCAGUGGAAAAGCUACUUGGAAAUCAAAUGGUACAGGAUUACACCUACGACAAAGAUCAGCAUCUUUGGUGCAAAGUGAAACUUAACCUCAGUGUACGCUACCAAAAGCCUGAUCUGACAUCCAUUAUACGCGAAUUGGCCGCAAAGAGUAUUGUACAUCAGGUGCCGCAUAUAAAGCGUGCUAUUAUCUACAAGGGUAAUGACGAUGAACAACUACUGAAAACGGAUGGCAUUAACAUUGGUGAAAUGUUCCAACACAACAAAAUCUUGGAUCUGAAUCGUUUGUACUCCAACGAUAUUCAUGCUAUAGCACGUACAUAUGGUAUCGAAGCUGCGACCCAGGUCAUUGUCAAGGAAGUUAGCAAUGUAUUCAAGGUUUAUGGAAUUACUGUAGAUCGCAGGCAUUUGUCCCUGAUUGCCGAUUACAUGACUUUUGACGGUACUUUCCAGCCGCUUUCACGCAAAGGCAUGGAACACUCUUCUUCACCAUUACAGCAAAUGUCAUUUGAAUCAAGCUUGCAGUUCUUGCGCAACGCAGCUGGUUUCGGUCGCCCCGACGAGCUAAAUUCCCCAUCAAGUCGACUAAUGGUGGGCCUACCUGUAAGAAACGGCACAGGUGCUUUUGAAUUGUUAACGAAAAUAUGCUAAUUACUAAUUACAAUUUGUUUUAAUAAAUAAUGGCUCCGUUUUCA